GGGAAGAGGACAAAGCCCCUCCCAGUUUUAGUGAGCAGAUUUGGGAUUAGUAAUCAAGCAGAAACCCACAUGCAAUUAACGGCUCUGACAUCAGGGGAGAAGCCCAUAUAAAACACUCAGCUCUAAGAGGGGUUCAUCAGAGAAUCCCCUCCGGAGUGAAAGCUCCUUUUUUAAUUGAUGUGCUUCAGUCUCCACACAAAGGGCUGCAAACCAGAGAUUUGUUCUUCGCUCUUGUUUAGAGCAGAAUGAAAGCUCAUAAACUCCUCUUCCUGGGAUGCAUCUUCUUGCCCCUGCUUUUUUUUCAUCGGACCUGGGCUCAGUUCCCAAGAGAGUGUGCCACUGUCGAGGCCUUGAGAAACGGUGUGUGUUGCCCCAAUCUGUCCCCGCUGUCUGGGCCUGGGACUGACCGCUGUGGCUCCACAUCAGGAAGGGGCAGGUGUGAGGCAGUGACCGCAGACUCCCGACCCCACAGCCCUCAUUACCCCCAUGAUGGCAGAGAUGAUCGGGAGGCUUGGCCCACACGGUUCUUCAACAGGACAUGUCACUGCAGUGGCAAUUUCUCAGGACACAACUGUGGGACUUGCCGUCCUGGUUGGAGAGGAGUUGCCUGCGACCAGAGGGUUCUCACAGUCAGGAGAAACCUUCUGGACUUAAGUGCAGAAGAGAAGAAACGCUUCAUCCAGGCCUUAGACAUGGCAAAGCGCACAAUUCACCCUCAAUUUGUCAUUGCGACCAGGAGAUCAGAAGAAAUACUGGGGCCAGAUGGCAACACACCACAAUUUGAAAACAUUUCCAUUUAUAACUACUUUGUUUGGACACACUAUUACUCAGUCAAAAAGACUUUCCUCGGGCAAGGACAGGAAAGCUUUGGUGAAGUGGAUUUCUCUCACGAAGGACCAGCUUUCCUCACGUGGCACCGGUACCAUCUCCUGCAGCUGGAGAGAGACCUGCAGGAAAUGUUGCAAGAUCCUUCGUUCUCCCUUCCCUACUGGAAUUUUGCGACUGGGAAGAACAUCUGUGACAUUUGUACCGAUGACCUGAUGGGAUCCAGAAGCAACUUUGAUCCCACUCUGAUCAGCCUGAAUUCUGUCUUUUCUCAAUGGCGAGUGGUCUGUGAAUCCUUGGAGGAUUAUGAUACCCUGGGAACUCUUUGUAAUAGUACUGAGGGUGGACCAAUUAGGAGAAAUCCAGCUGGAAAUGUGGCUAGACCAAUGGUGCAACGUCUUCCUGAACCACAGGAUGUCGCUCAGUGCUUGGAAGUUGGUUUAUUCGACACCCCUCCUUUUUAUUCCAAUUCUACAAACAGUUUCCGAAACACAGUGGAAGGUUACAGCGAUCCCACAGGAAAAUAUGACCCUGCUAUUCGAAGUCUUCACAAUCUGGCUCAUCUGUUUCUGAAUGGAACAGGGGGACAAACCCAUUUAUCUCCAAAUGAUCCUAUUUUUGUCCUCCUACAUACUUUCACUGAUGCAGUCUUUGAUGAAUGGAUGAGGAGAUAUAAUGCUGAUGUAUCCACAUUUCCACUGGAAAAUGCCCCUAUUGGGCACAAUAGACAAUACAACAUGGUACCAUUCUGGCCCCCAGUUACCAACAUAGAAAUGUUUGUUACUGCUUCAGACAAUUUGGGAUAUACUUAUGAAGUUCAAUGGCCAAGUCGGAAUCUUAGUAUUUCUGAGAUUGUUACCAUAGCAGUAGUUGCUGCUUUAUUACUGGUUGCAGUCAUUUUCACAGGUGCUUCUUGCCUGAUCCGUGCCAGAAGCAACAUGGAUGAAACAAAUCAGCCUCUUCUCACUGAUCAGUAUCAACACUAUGCUGAAGACUAUGAAAAUAUGCAGAAUCCUAAUCAGUCUAUGGUCUAAUGACAAAUGACCAAUUCACUUAUGUACUAGUAUCACAAAAACACUUGGUUGAAAAAUAAUAGAUUAAAUUGCUUAGUGUAUUUUCUUUCCCUCUGUUACUUUCUUCCUUAUGCAUGCACUUGUUAGAAUUAAAGCUCUAAAUAUUGUUUUUCAUAACUAGGAAGAGUCAAAAUAUU